CAUACGAAAUCUGUCAACGGAAUAUCAGCGGAUCUAUUUGCGUGCAUUAGUUUUGCCGUAUUAAAAGAAGAUGUACAUUUUUUGAUGAAAGUGAUUUGAUCCUGAAACGAAUAAGUGUUUUACUAGCUAUUGUACCAUUGAGGCAGAUCGGAGAAUCAAUUUCAGACAAAGAAACAAACAAAAACGAUAGUGUCCUUUGAAGUGAAGCUAGCAACACGUGGUGGCAACAUGUCUAGCAAAAUAACAAAGAUCGAGGAAUUAAGUUCACAGAAAAACCAUCCGGUUAUACUGGAAAACUUCCAAACGUACCUAGAGCACCGACAGCACGAUAUGAAAUGUUUGCUAGCGAAUGAUCGUACCUUACCGAGGGUUGGCGCAGAUGUUGCUAACAUGGUGCUGGUGACAGGCGAAAAAGAAAUGUAUUACAGCCAUAUUAAGAUGAACUCACCGGAGUCAGAGCAGCCUGACCAGUUGCAGACAUUUGUGGCCCGACGCAACCGCACAACAGGCAAGAUACGACUGGUUGAGGUCAGAUCCAGCAACUUGAUGCAUAUCAGUCACGACCGACCGGCGAGUGAUCCGACGGAUAAUGAGACGGACGAGCGCCGUCGCUUGCAGCUACAGAGAAAGUUUAAUGCACAUUGGGCGUACCUGCAGGACAAGAAAAAAUACAACCGCGUUGAUCUGUCCAUGAUGGAAGAAAAGCUGCAAACCAUUAUGGCUGAAACCGUGGUAAAGGAUGUGGCGGAAUCGGGCCUGACCAAAGCCACUGCAGUCAAUGAUGAGUUGCAGCAGGAACUGCAUGCAAAGUCUAACCCGAACGCGGAAACGCUGGCCAAUCUGUACGAUGCACAGAGAGUGAUCGGUCCAGAUGAGUGGCACAGCCUUACCAAACCUGCCCAGAAGCUGCUGGAAAUUCCGGUCGAAUAUUUGAGCAUGGCCAACGUCUACCUCGAGAACAAAGUAAAAGCGAUCAUGCAAUCGGAGACACCGUCCACUGAACCGAACCUUGCCGUUGUGCGUACCUGUAUCUACAUGGAUGUAUUGGCGCAGCUGACGGGGCCCAAGGCUUUCCGCUUGACAAAGAAAGACACCAGUGUGUCAUCGUUCACCCAAGUGCUUGACGAGCCGAUCCGACAGAACUUUCUGCAACGCAUCACCGCUGCGGGCGACAGGGUCACGAAGUACACACGCACCAAAGCGAUGAUGUACUAUAUGGCCCUGGUGUUUGCACUGGAGGGCCGUCACGUAGUAGAUCUGAACACGAUUCAACAGUCAUUGCAGGUAAAGCGCAUCGAACUCAUCAACUGCGCAUCUUUGGUUGGCGCCCGAUAUAAUUCGAAGGAAAGUAACUUUACAUUGAAAACGUUCCAACCCAAAUCGGAGGAAGAUCGCAGCAAUGACUUGUUAGAGAUGUUACGAGGGUCUUCCCGUGGUAAACGGUAUAGUAGAAAUUAAUCUCCUUCGCCUUGUUACACGUCACAGUUAAGGCGGCAUUAAAAGUCGUCUACCGUACCAUGUUCUUCCUGAAAAAAAAAAUAAUCGAUUACUAUCGAUGCAGCAGUGCAUGUGAAUGUUUUCACCAGCUUCCUCACAGGAUGUUGAUUAAUAACGAAUCACGAUCAAUCCUUUUUCCCAGCUGAAAAGCUAAAAGACACAAAACAUAUACCCACAAACAGACUUAGGCAACAAAUUGGCUCUUAAUCAAGUGAUUUGUCCUAAGCAUCAGACAAUGCUAAGAACAUUAGGUAAGCCAGGGAAUAUAAUGUGGAAUCAUAAUAAUAACAGUUGGGUUAUUUGUUUCCAGUUUUUAGAUCGAUUUUGUACAACCCACUGAUGCUGCUAAUAAAUCUAUUGAUACAAAACCCAACAACAAA